AUGAAAACAGAGGCACUGAUUUUAUCCUGCGCCACCACUACAAGUAAUUACAGCACUAGAUACAGCAACUCCAAACAUUACCGACGUCUCGGCUACAAACAGCAAGAACUAGAUCUUCCAACAGUCAAAGUCGACCAUGUCGAUCAUGGCAUCAAAGAAAAAACUCCCGAGAAAAGCCGGCCAAUGUGCCAGAUUUCUGGUCUCCGAAAACUCAAACACGCAAACAGUUUCACCGGCAUGGUACCUACACAUGGCGUGGAAACACCCCACAAGGACGAACUGACAAAGAUUCUGAAUGACGUCAACAAAUGGGGAGUGGACGUGUUUAAAAUCAGCGAAUACUCCAACAACCGACCUCUGACCUGCGUGACGUACACCAUAUUUCAGGAGCGAGACCUGAUGAAGACGUUUAACAUCGCCCCACACACACUGGUCACCUACCUGAUGCAUGUUGAGGAUCACUACCAUCGAGACACCCCCUACCACAACUCCAUCCAUGCUGCUGACGUCACACAGUCCACGCACGUCCUGCUGUCGGCCACAGCUCUAGAGGUCAAAUGUGUUUACAGACUUGGAAAUCCUUGCGGCAAUUUUUCCUGUGCCAUCCAUGACGUGGACCAUCCGGGCCUCACUAACCAGUACCUCAUCAACACAAAUUCAGAAUUGGCUGUGAUGUACAACGAUGAAUCAGUUUUAGAAAACCACCAUCUUGCCGUGGCUUUCAAGCUUCUACAGGAGGAGAACUGUGACAUCCUGGCGAACCUCUCCAAAAAACAGAGACAGUCUUUCCGCAAGAUGGUUAUAGACAUGGUUUUGGCCACAGACAUGUCCAAACACAUGACACUACUAGCCGAUUUAAAGACAAUGGUGGAAACUAAAAAGGUUGCCGGUUCUGGUGUCCUUCUCCUAGACAACUAUCAGGACAGAAUACAGGUGCUUCAGAACAUGGUUCACUGCUCUGAUCUGAGCAACCCAACCAAACCUCUAGAGAUCUACAAGACUUGGGUGGACCGGGUCAUGGAAGAGUUCUUUAGACAGGGAGACCUGGAGAGACAGCAAGGGCUGGACAUCAGCCCUAUGUGUGACCGACAUACAGCAACCAUUGAGAAAUCACAGGUUGGGUUUAUUGAUUACAUUGUACAUCCACUGUGGGAGACUUGGGCUGACCUGGUUUAUCCGGACGCCCAGGAGAUCCUCGACACUCUUGAGGACAACCGUGACUGGUACAGCUCAAAGAUCCCCAUCUCUCCAUCCUCCAGCUUCUGCAGCAUGAAGCAUGAUGGUGAAGACAAGUUCCACUUCAAUGUUGAAGAAGAUGGUGAAACCCACAGUCAGAGUAGUGUUGAAAGUGAGCAGUCAGUUAUACGAGUUCCGGCACUGACGACGUCACUGGACAAUUCACCACCGCCAUCUCCUACUCAGAUAAACUUCACACCUCAAACUGCUGAAAAUGAGUCUUUGCAGAACACCUCAAAUUCUUCAUCCUCCACUCCGAACACUGUCAACAGUUGUCACUCCUCCCAGAAUAACAGCCAAACUGUCACAGAUCAUCGAGAACAUAAGAAGAAAUGA